CGAAAGCCUUUACGAAUUUAUUCUGCGACCAGCGACACAACAGCGUUUAUAUUAGCGAAGAUACGCCACACAACGACCUAUUUUACCUUAACAGACGGAAAAGUUGUUAAUAGACACUUUUCGUUUUGUUGCUUUGGUGAUCAGGAGUUUAAGUCCUUAAGAUGUCUCUGGCGGACGAACUCUUGGCUGACCUGGAGGAGGCCGGGGAUGAGGGUGAAGAUGGGCUGUAUCCAGAGGGAGAAGAGGGGGAGAGUGAUGGAGAGACUGGCCAUGGCAGGGCAGAGGGAGGGCUGGAAGACAUCCCAGAGGAGAUGGAGGUGGACUACAGUAAGGCUGAGAGUGUUGCAUCCAUUGCUAAGCUCCGCAAUAGCAAACAGUUUUCAGAGAUCAUGGACAAGAUUGUAGUAUAUAUUGGAAAGCAGCGCAAGAAUUCCGAAGUCUCCGGCCCAGUUGAAGCUGACCCAGAAUACAGACUCAUUGUGGCAGCCAAUAACCUCACAGUAGAGAUUGACAAUGAGCUCAAUAUCAUUCACAAGUUUACCAGGGACAAAUACUCAAAGAGGUUUCCAGAGCUCGAGUCUCUGGUGCCAGAUUCGUUAGAUUACAUCCGCACAGUCAAGGAACUGGGGAAUAAUCUGGAGAAAUGCAAGAAUAAUGAAACUCUGCAGCAAAUUCUUACCAACGCCACUAUUAUGGUUGUCAGCGUCACAGCCUCGACCACGCAGGGGUCUUUGCUAAGUGAGGAUGAAUUGAAGCAACUAGAAGAGGCAUGUGACAUGGCUCUGGAACUGAACCAAUCUAAACACAGGAUAUAUGAAUAUGUAGAGUCCAGAAUGUCGUUCAUUGCCCCAAAUCUGUCAAUUAUUGUUGGUGCAUCAACAGCUGCAAAGAUCAUGGGCAUUGCUGGUGGUCUCACCAAUCUCUCAAAGAUGCCAGCUUGUAAUUUGAUGUUGCUGGGAGCUCAGAGGAGAACACUGUCUGGGUUCAGCAGUACCUCACUGCUGCCCCACACUGGCUUCAUCUAUCACUGUGAUGUUGUGCAGUCACUACCACCAGACCUUAGGAGGAAAGCAGCUCGUCUGGUAUCUGCCAAAUGCACUCUGGCUGCUCGAGUGGACAGUUUUCACGAGAGUUCAGAUGGAAAGGUUGGUUAUGAUCUCAAAGAAGAGAUAGAGAGGAAAUUUGAUAAAUGGCAGGAACCGCCACCAGUGAAGCAGGUCAAACCACUGCCAGCUCCUCUGGAUGGACAGAGGAAGAAGAGAGGAGGAAGAAGGUAUCGAAAGAUGAAGGAGCGUCUUGGGCUGACUGAGAUCCGAAAACAUGCCAACAGGAUGACCUUCGCAGAGAUCGAGGACGAUGCUUAUCAGGAGGAUCUGGGCUUCAGUCUAGGUCAGCUGGGCAAGAGCGGCAGUGGGCGUGUCAGGCAGGCUCAGGUCAAUGAGGCCACCAAGGCCAGGAUCUCCAAAUCUCUCCAGAGGACGCUGCAGAAGCAGAGCAUGACUUAUGGAGGAAAAUCGACAGUCAGGGAUCGCUCCUCAGGAACCAGCUCCAGUGUAGCAUUCACUCCUCUACAGGGUCUGGAGAUUGUGAACCCACAGGCUGCAGAGAAGAAGGUGGCUGAGGCCAACCAGAAAUAUUUCUCUAACAUGGCUGAGUUCCUCAAAGUUAAGAAGGAAUCCAAGAUGUGAAUAUGGCAUAGACGGUACUGCAGAGUAUUUUUCUUCCCUGACAUUGUGUUUAAUCCUGUGUUUUUACUUUCGGUUUUUGUUUUAAUAAAAUGUGAUUGCUUAA